GGUUAAAACAACGAUCGAGAAGACCAAAAAAGUAUCCGUAUCAUAUUCCUAUAACGACUUGCCGCGAACUUCCACCACGCUUUGGCGCUUGCGUGCAUCCCGCUCCAUGUUUGAUCCUGUCUCCCUAUAUAUAUGCAGUCCAUCGUCCAUGGAUGUAGGAGUACAUCAACAGCACAGCUUCAGUAAUUUACAACGCCAUCUCCACGUGUCGUCCGUCGAUCUGCAUAGUACUGUAACUCUGUAGGUGCCUGCCGCGACCGCAAGCAUGUGCCAAGCCGCGAGAGUGUGCCACAACAAUGGCCUGGUCGCGUCGGUGUCGUCUCUCCUGAUCUCGUUCGUCAUCAAGCCCCUGGCCAAGAACGCCAUCCUCACGGGCAGGAGCGUCCUCGCCCUCCUCGCCGGCGACGGCACCGGCAACGCCAGCGCCGCGGCCGCUCCACGUGGGCAGCAUUGCGAGGAGUGCGCCGCGAGGGACGGCGCGCGCCUGUCCAGCUCCGACGCGGCGGCGGUCAUGGCGACCCUGGGCCUGGUUCCACGCCGGCGAGGCAGUGACGACGACGACGACGACGGGAUGGUUGUGUGUGGCGGGUGCGAGGCGAUGGGGGUGGUGGAGGAGGUGGCGUGGGGGAGCAAGGAGGCCGGGGAGGCGGAGCUGCGGGAGGCGUUCGGGGUGUUCGACCGGGACGGGGACGGGCUGGUGAGCGCGGCGGAGCUGUGGGGCGUGCUGCGGAGGCUCGGCAUGACCGAGGGCGCCAGGUACGAGGACUGCGCCAGGAUGGUCGCCGCCGCAGCCGCCCGCCACGGCGGCGUGGACGGGGGGCUCGGGUUCCCCGAGUUCAAAGCCAUGAUGGAGCACGCGGUUUAAGCACGUACGAAGUACAGUACGUAUAAUUGGCUAAAAAGUGGUGCACUGCGAGGUUAGACUGUUCAAGUCGCGUGGCUCAUGCCCAUAUUUUUCAUUGUUUCGUUGGUGUGUAGCUUCGGGUUGUUCCUCAGUCCGUUCGAAAUCGAGCGUAUGUUUUAUCAGUGUUGUUGAAUAAUAAGAUCGAUGUGUACAAGCUUCAAGUUAAUUAAUUAAUUACUUGACCGGAAAUGCAA